AUGCAAUUGUUUUACCUCCCACCAGAGGAUUUAUCUCCUGAGGAACUAGACAAUGUUUUGGCACAUUUUUGGAUGGACUUAAAGAAAGUGGAUGGAACUUCUUACAAAAUUAACUCAUUAGAAAGUGUUAGACAUGGAAUUAACAGACACUUGAAGAAUCCGCCUCACAAUAAAAACUUUGAUAUCAUCAAAGACCAAAGAUUUGUGAAAAGCAAUACCAAUUUCAAGGCUGUGUGUAUGGAACUAAAACGAGAUGGCAAUAUUGACGUAGAGCAUUACCCACGAAUAUCUGAGAAUGACGCUCAUCAGUUGUACAGGAGUAAUAUUCAUCUUGAUCCAUCUACGCCACAAGGACUUUUUAAUAAAGUUCAGUUUGACAUUAGGUUAUAUUUUUGUCGGAGAGGCAAUGAAAACAUGUACACCAUGACCAAAGAUACUUUUCGUGUACAAAUUGACCAGAAAACUGGAGAGAAAUAUGUUAAGAAGGUUGACUAUUCAAUGAAUGAGGGAGCUAUCCUACUUGCCCGGGAGAAGUAA